AAAGGAAGGAAGAUAUUAAACAGAGUUUUUUGCCUUGUUGGGCCUGUAGGGAGCUUAAGGAGAGAGGAUGGAUGACAGUGGAAAAGGUGUUUUCCAAAAAGGGAAUGCAGAGGAACGGAUGUUGAUCUUCUGUCCCCAUUCUUGUGAACCAAGUACAAAGGUGAAAGGCAGCCUGACCACAUCUCUUUUUCCUUGUUUUUUUUUUUUUUUUUCUUCUCAGGUCCUUGGCAAUUGGUCACCAGUAUUCCUCCCUGGGGACUCAGCCCAUCCUCUGCGGGAGCAUCCCGGGAUUGGUACCCAAGCAGCUACGCUUCUGUCGGAACUACGUGGAGAUCAUGCCCAGCGUAGCGGAAGGAGUAAAGAUUGGGAUCCAGGAAUGCCAACACCAAUUUCGCGGGAGGAGGUGGAACUGCACAACCGUCAAUGACAGCUUAGCCAUCUUUGGGCCCGUGUUAGAUAAAGCUACCCGAGAAUCAGCCUUCGUCCAUGCCAUUGCCUCUGCUGGAGUGGCUUUCGCAGUGACCAGAUCCUGUGCCGAGGGCUCGGCCACCAUCUGCGGCUGUGACACCCGUCACAAGGGCUCUCCUGGGGAAGGCUGGAAAUGGGGGGGCUGCAGCGAGGACGUGGAGUUUGGGAGCAUGGUGUCUCGGGAGUUUGCAGAUGCCCGAGAGAACAGACCAGAUGCUCGGUCAGCCAUGAACAGGCACAACAACGAAGCAGGAAGGACCUCUAUUAUUGAACUCAUGCAUCUUAAGUGCAAAUGUCACGGCCUCUCAGGCAGCUGUGAAGUGAAGACCUGCUGGUGGUCUCAGCCAGACUUCAGGGUCAUCGGUGACUACCUCAAGGACAAGUACGACAGCGCUUCUGAAAUGGUGGUGGAAAAACAUCGAGAAUCCCGUGGCUGGGUCGAAACCCUCAGGCCCAAAUACAACUUCUUCAAGGCUCCAACUGAGAAGGACCUGGUUUACUAUGAGAACUCACCAAACUUUUGUGAGCCCAACCCUGAGACAGGUUCCUUUGGGACCCGUGACAGGAUCUGUAAUGUCACUUCCCACGGGAUUGACGGGUGCGACCUUUUGUGCUGCGGCCGUGGGCACAACACGAGGACUGAGAAACGGAAAGAGAAGUGUCACUGUAUCUUCCACUGGUGCUGCUACGUCCGCUGCCAGGAGUGCAUACGAGUCUACGAUGUCCACACGUGCAAAUAAAGGAGGCAAAACCCUUCGCUGGGCUCCAAGCGGAGAAACGGAUUUGAGCCUACUUCCUCUGAGGUUGCAGACAUGAGAGAAGUCUACUUUUUUGAUAUUAAAAGAAUAAAAACUUUUUUAAAAAGGCUAAAACUGGUUGGAUAGAAUAGGUCUAAUGACUUCUGGGCUAUCCCGAGGUACAUCUGGCAGUCACACAAGUUACACCCCAAUAGUGCCUCCCGUAGGAGACAGCGGUUUUUCAACUGGCCAGCAAUAUAGAGCUGGAAAGAAGAGCAUCAGCAAAAGCAUGGACUUGCUCUGCUCUCACCCACUUGAAGUGACUCGUGUGAUUAAUUGUCCUUUGAAAGACUUGCAUCUUCCUAAGAAUCUCCUUUUCCCUCAGCCAGGCAGAGGCUGUGCUGGAGAGCAGCACUAAGCUUUCUGAGAUCUAUCUACAUACCCAAAGGGCCAGACUCUGUGUAUAAUAUGAGAAGCAACAACGGCAGCAAAAGAAAUAAAAACAGAUAAAUUAAUGAU